AAGAUAUUACAGCUAUCAAGUAUAAAGUUACAACGAUACCAUAAACAUUUAUAACCUGAUUUCACCUCAGUGAGCUUGCACAUCAUUGCUUUCACUAAAAAAAGAGCAUAAAAACAGAUAAGAUGUUUGAAAUUGCAUGUGGUUGCUUACUUUUGCUGACUGUACUAUCUGUAACACAAGGUUACACGAACAAUUGCAGAUCAGGUUGUUAUGAUAACGGACGGUGUCAUGGAUAUGGGGAGACUUGGGAAUCCAACUGUAUCACCAAGAGAUGUGUAGGUGCUGGUGAUGUAAUACAGACACAGGGCGUUAAAUGUAAAGAUGGCUAUGGGAAGUGUGUUAACCAUGGAGAUAAAAUGAUCGUCAAUAUGGGUGGUUAUGGAGAGUCAUGUACAUGUCGUGUUGGUCAGAGUUCAUGGGAUUAUGUACUAUGUGAAGAAUCAAAUGAGCAAAAUAAAAAAAGAUGUGACUGCGAGCCUGAUGGAGUAUGUAGAACAUUUGGUGAAAGAUGGGAGAAAAACUGCUUUACCUAUGAAUGUCAAAGAGAUGGAAAUUCCUGGAUAGCAAAUGUUGUCGCUGCAGCUUGUAAGGACGCAUAUGGUCAAUGUAGACAUAAUGGUGAACGAAUGCCAUACUAUCAUCUGGACCAAUUGUAUAAAAAUUGUUUGUGUACAGUCACGGGGAUAACCACCAGGUAUCAAUGCACAGGUAAUUCCAACGUUGUACCAGUGCCAACACAAUGUAAGGGUUGCAAGGUGAACGGUGUUUGUCACAACCAAGGUUCAAGAUGGGAAGAUGACUGCAAUACGUACGAAUGUCAACGAAUUGGCAAUUAUUGGACGAUGGCAAAGGCAGUUAGCAGAAAAUGUAAGGAUGCAUAUGGUAACUGCAGAAACCAUAAUGAGUACAUGACUGCAUCGUACAAUGGGCAGAUAUUUGACAAUUGUCUUUGUCAGGUCAAUGGGCUUGAAGCAAGAUAUCAAUGUAAUUACUCUGUCGGAAAAUAAAUAGUUUGAAAGCAGAGUAACAGUUGCAUAUUAAUAACGGAUGCUCUUUUAAAACAUACAUUUUAUUACAAUGAAAAUCAAAUUGUUAUUUCCCACUUCCUUUGAUGUCAUAUCUUUACAACACACAUAACACAUACAUAUAAUGCCAAUGUUUCGGACUAUGUACAAUUUUAGUUAUUCAUGAACUUACCAAAUUUAUUUUGCAAUGACAAUAGCAGUGUCUAAUACAAUGUUCACGCACAUUUAGUUACAAUAAAUUUGUAAUUCCAUUUUUAUAAAGUCAUGCCCAAAUUUUAAUAAAUUAUUUAACAUUCACUACAACAUGCUCAUACAUAGCUUGUUAAUUAUAAUUUCAAGUAAUUAAACUGAUGUAGAAAACUUUUUUUCUUUAUUGAGUGAUCUACCAAUGUACGAUACUACCCUCCUGGACUAUACAGCUGUAACAAAUAAAUAUCUUGUUUUU